AUGGCCAGGCUCUCCACUAACCCCAAUCGGCUGGCAGCAGGACCGCGUACACCGAGGCCCACGGGCGAGACCGGUUUCUACCGGAAUUUGCCGGGUGAUCCGCCCCUGAAUGCUGGUGCCAGAAAACGUAGAUAUAGACCGGGCACCAACGCCUUGCGAGAAAUCCGCAAAUUCCAAAGAGGCACCGACCUCUUGCUUCGAAAGCUUCCUUUUGCACGUCUAGUCAAGGAAAUAGCCGAUAUAUACAUCGGGUCGGGCUACGGGAUCCGGUGGCAGUCCAAUGCCAUAUUGGCGCUCCAGGAGGCCAGUGAGGCGUUCUUGAUUCACUUGCUAGAGGACACAAACUUGUGUGCCAUCCACGCCAAAAGGGUCACCAUCAUGCAGAAAGAUAUCCAGCUUGCACGCCGAAUCAGAGGUCAGCUUUAG